GCCUCCAUGUAAGGACCGUGUCACCCGCGGAGCGGGGAAUCACAGAGCUGUGUAACCCAGGCUGCAGCUGCAGCAGGGAGGGCAAGGGGAGUAGCACUCAGGCAGGGUGAGAGGAGGAGUAUCCCAAUGUGAAGGCAGAAAGCCCAGGGGAAACACAAGAACAGCAGAGGGCAGCCUACUGCCCAGAGAAACAAGCCACAAGCACAUGGCAGCGGAGCUCAGCCCUAGAGCCUUUUCAUUGGAGUGAGCGGCCCCCUCCCUGCUCUUAUACACAGCGCUUGCACGGAACUGCCGGGGGGACCGGGACAGUAAUGCCCCAGUGAGUGGCUUCAGCCCGCUGCCUGCCUGCCUGGCCGUGCCUCCGAGGGGAAAGAUGCUGUCCUUCUGGGUGCUGGAUGUGAGCGUACAGGGUGUGCAGAAAAGGAGGAACCCAUCCAAGCACUAUGUGUAUAUCAUUAAUGUCACGUGGUCAGACUCAACAUCUCAAGUUAUUUAUAGAAGAUACAGCAAAUUCUUUGACCUUCAGAUGCAAGUGUUGGAUAAGUUUCCCAUUGAAGCUGGACAAAAAGACCCAAAGCAAAGAAUAAUUCCUUUCCUUCCAGGUAAAAUUCUCUUUCGCAGGAGCCAUAUUCGAGAUGUUGCAGUGAAGAGACUGAAACCUAUUGAUGAAUACUGCAGGGCUCUGGUCAAGUUGCCAGCUCAUAUAUCACGGUGUGAAGAAGUCUUAAGAUUCUUUGAGGCUCGGCCAGAUGACCUGGAUCCUCCAAAGGAGGAUUAUGGAUCCUCCAAGAGAAAAUCAGCUCUAUCUUCUCUUCAAGUUUGGAUGUCCAGUUUGUGUGAGAUCCCUAAGGCUGACCCUAAAGGUGCUGACGGGAAUUCGGAGCCCAUCAUCCUGGAUCAGUACGUGGUCGUGUCCAACUACGAGAAGCAGGAAAACUCAGAGAUCAGCCUGAAAACCGGAGAACUAGUGGAUGUCAUUGAAAAGAACGAAAGUGGAUGGUGGUUUGUCAGCACGACGGAGGAGCAAGGAUGGGUACCUGCUACCUACUUAGAUUCCCAGGGUGGAACCAAAGAUGACUCUGAAAUUAAUACAUCCAAAUCAGGAGAUGUAACUAAGAGGCGCAAGGCUCAUCUACGGCGCUUGGACCGGCGAUGGACGCUGGGUGGCAUUGUCAACAGGCAACAAAGCCGAGAAGAAAAAUACAUCACCGUGCAACCCUAUACAAGCCAAGGGAAAGAUGAGAUUGGCUUUGAGAAAGGCGACACUGUAGAAGUUAUCCAGAAGAAUCUGGAGGGCUGGUGGUUUAUAAGGUACCAAGGAAAGGAGGGCUGGGCUCCUGCAUCCUAUCUGAAAAAGGCCAAAGAUGACAUCCCAUGUCGUAAGAAGAAUUUGACUGGUCCAGUUGAAAUUAUUGGAAAUAUCAUGGAAAUUAGUAACCUCCUGAACAAAAAGACUCCCAAUGACAAAGAAAGCCAGGGAGGAAACGACUCUGAAGAACAAACCAUAACCAAGAAAGAAAUCAGCUUGCCUAUCCUGUGUAACGACUCCAAUGGCAACUCUAUGAUGUCCCCAGAGAAGCAAAUCCCCAAGGUGACCCCGGGCUCCCCUGCUGUGGCCAGAAUCGCUCCACAAAGAAGUGAAAUAAGUGCACAAAUACAGGAGGGAUGGCAAUCCCAAGACCCUCCAACUGGUUCUCCAAAUUUACGAACAAAGCCUCCCCCUCGAAGAGAAUCUAGUCUGGGAUUCCAGCUACCCAAACCCCCUGAACCUCCUUCAGUAGAAGUAGAAUAUUACACUAUUGCAGAGUUCCAGUCCUGCAUAUCUGAUGGCAUUAGUUUCCGUGGGGGUCAAAAAGCAGAGGUAAUUGAAAAGAACUCAGGUGGUUGGUGGUUUGUUCAGAUUGGUGAAAAAGAAGGAUGGGCUCCAUCAUCUUAUAUUGACAAAAGAAAGAAACCAAACUUAAACAGGAGGACAAGCACAUUGACAAGACCCAAGGUUCCUCCUCCUGCACCUCCAGUUAAACAAAAAGAUUCAGAGGACGGCAUUAAUCCCCUAACGUGUGCUUCUACUGAACCCAAAGAUUCUCCAUCAAAACAAAUAUAUGAGGAGCCUGAAUAUGAUGUGCCUGCAUUUGGCUUUGAUUUAGAAGUAGAACUUAAUGUUACUAACCAGAGCCAUGGAGAAGAGCUUAUCCAGGAAAACCUGUUUCAGCCAUCCAGACCUUCUCCUGUUUCUUCUCUUCAAAGGCCAAAAUUUAGAGUUGGUGAGUUUUCUGAAGAUGUAACUAAUGAAGAGGAGACAAUUUAUGAAAAUGAGGGGUUUAGACCAUUAGUGGAAGAGGCUUUGUCGAGUAAGGAAUCAAGUGGUGACUCUGAUUCACAAAAGAGCUCUGUAACAAUUCAAAGAAAUUCCCCGACUGCAGUGUCUUCAAAACCUCCUCUACUAAAGUAUAAAUCAGAAAGAAAUGUCCAACAAGAAACAAAAAAUGUCUCCUUUUCAACAAGUGAGGAGAUAAAACCCAGGUCGGCUUCAGAUGUUGGUUUACGUGCUGUACCAAAGGUCAGCACAAAGAAAGAUGCCGAGCAAAAACAGGCAGUAGUCCCUUCAACAAGAGCAAAGCCAACAGUGAGACCAAAGCCUUUCUUAAGUAAAGCUGACUCCCAAAACCAGGAUAAAAUGGACAUAAGCAGUUUGCGGCGCCAACUAAGACCAACAGGUCAACUCAGAAGUGGACUUAAAGGUUCAAAAAGCGAGGAAUCAGAAAACCCACCAAAGACAGCCUUAGAAAAUGCGGAUAGCAAACCAAGAAGACGUUCUGUGGAUCUAACUUCCAAUACUUCUCAGACUUCAUCUAACAAUGACAAAAGCGAGGAAAGCGCAGAACAAAAGAGUUUUUAUACAGCAACAAGCACCUAUCAAAAAGUUUUAGAUUCAGAGAUCAGUUUCCCUGUAGGAGCCAAAAUUGAAGUUUUGGAUAAGCAAGACAGUGGGUGGUGGUAUAUUAAGUACAAAGAUUCUGAAGGAUGGGCACCAUCACACUUUUUAGAGGAAGUGGAUAAUAAGAAGGCAGACACCUCAAUAGCUGAGUCUGAAUCCACCAAAAUUAAAAAGAAUGAAAAUAAAUCAAACAGCUUGGAGAAGAUUGAAAAAAGAGUGCAAGCUUUAAACACUAUUAACCAAAGCAAACGAGCAACACCACCCGUUCCUUCUAGACCACCAGGUGGAUUUUCCAAACCUCCAGGACCAGGAAGCAAUGUUGUGAAGCUGAGGAAUGGAGUAAAGCAAGUAACUGUAAGGCCUCAGUCUGUGUUUGUUUCUGCUCCUCCAAAGGAUAAUAAUAUUUCUUGCAAUUUACGUAGAAAUGAAUCAUUGUCUGCCACAGACCACUUGCGAGGUGUUCGGCGGAACUCAUCUUUUAACACUGUCCGCUCCCAACCAAAUCAGACGAAAAUAAGUUCUUCUGCUAAGCCAGAUGGGGAUAUGUCCGAAUCUGAAACAUCCAUUAGGCCUUCUCAAAAGAAUGGCAUACCUGUGUCCACUGUUCGGCCAAAGCCAAUUGAGAAGUCUCAGUUCAUUCACAAUAAUCUCAAAGAUAUAUAUAUCUCCAUUGCAGACUAUGAAGGAGAUGAUGAGACUGUAGGGUUUCAGGAAGGGGUUUCAAUGGAAGUCCUGGAAAAAAACCCAAAUGGUUGGUGGUACUGCCAAAUCCUUGAUGGGGGGAAACCAUUUAAAGGAUGGGUACCUUCAAAUUAUCUGGAGAAAAAGAACUAGUCUCACAGUUCAACAUAUAUAUAUAAAUACAUAUAUAUAUUGAGAUCUUGAUAAUUUUUUAUGAGGUCUGUAUUGUUGGAAACAGCAACUGAAACAUGAUAUGUACAGGAUGAAGGCCACUGGCUGAGGAAUAUAUUUGUAAGAAUCACAGGGUAUGAGAUCCAGUCUCGACUACAAAUUAGAGUGCCUUCAUUUUCAGGUCUGAAACACUACAGAAUGUUUAGCAUUGUCUAGGAAGGUUUUUUGGUAAACUCAACAAAAUAUUGUUGAACGCCUUUCCUGUCAUUUUUCUGGUCUUUUUUCUAACGCCAAAAAAAAAAUGAUAAUAAAGUGUGUUUCUUGCCAAGCAAGGAAAUAAUUGCAGCAAAAUAUCUUUAUACAUAUAAAUUUCCUUUUUUUCUCUAAUACAUCAUUUUUAUAGGUUCUGAGGAUUAUGGGAUAAUAAUGUAAACUCCUAUCAGAGCCCUGCAUUGCACUUGUGCCUUUUAUUUGGCAUUCAGUCGCUCUGUCUUUGGAGAGGCUGUCAUAUAUUAGAUUCAUGGAUUCUAAAUCAUUUUUCAAACUUGUUUUGGAUGAAUUUGAUCAUUUGAGGCAGUCGCUCAACUUCUUGAUAAUCAGAAAAGAUUUGAAUCACAUUUACACAAGUGUUUCCUAUAAUCCUCUGCAGACAGUAGCACUUCCAACUAAACUGUGUCUCUUUUUCCUUCAGUGUUCACUUACAUAGUGUGUCCACCAAGCACCUCUGCCUUGUAUAGACAUUCUUUGGAAACAAACUACAUCCAGAAAGAUGUGCCAUUAAAUGAGUGCAUUCUUGGCUGCCUUGUUUACAGAAUAUACCAAUGAUUUACAAUCUGUAGAGUUUUAAUUUGUAUAUAUUGUCUUUUUUUAUUCUUUUGUUUUCCCAAAGCCCAUGAACUAAAAGUUAGUUGAAAUGAAACAGAGCAAUGCAAAACACAUUAACUUGCACUUCUGCAGAAAGGAGACCCAUAUCAAGUGCCUGGUUUCACCAUUUUGGGUGGUUUCUUUACAAAAAAAAAAAAAAAUCUUACAAAAAUGUUUUUGUGUGUAUAUAAAGAUGCAGCAGACCUGAGUGCACCAUAUGGCACACUUCUUUGAGAAACAAGGUAUAGUGUGUGUGAAGUCUGCUCCUUCUGUUUAUAUACAUAUGGAACAGAUGUCCAUGCUCCGGCACAUUUUCUUGUGACCAAAAAGAUGCAUUGAAUUUCCUUCCAUCUGUGUAUUCAUUUGUGUGUUUGUUCCUGGUACUCGAGUGUGUCUUGGGUUAUUUAUUCACAUAGACCUUAAUGGACAAGAACAUUUAAAUAAGACAAACACCUCGAAAUCAGGCAUUCUUCAUUCAUUGUUUUUGCAUUAAUUAUCCAGAUGAAAAAAAUCUGAUGUCGGUUUAUGUUGUAUGUCUCCCAUUGUUUUUGUAUCCCGGAAUUUAAGUUACUGUGUGAAAACAGCUACCAUGGUUAAUGUCUAACACAGCAAUAUGUAUAUAAUGUUAACAUGUAAUGCCCUAAUAACAGCAAAAAUGUUUCUCAGAGCCAAAAUUUGUAUUUUCUUAUGGGUUGGUUAAUGCUCUCCGGCAAGGCACGUGCUUCGGGCAGGCUUUGCUUCCCCUAAACCAACUUCUGUUAAAGCUGAAAGCUUCUGGCAAAAUUGUUAUCUGCAGGCCAAAUUCAUCAAAAGGUAAAUAUUUGCAGAGCCUACUUCUGUACCGAUUCUUAGAUAUUUAGAAUUGGAAAUAACGUAGCAACGUGUAUUAGCCCAGAUCAUGACUAGUUUAUGUUUCCAGUUAGAAGCAAGUUACAUCUGUUCAAUAGAGCUUAUUGGAUCAUUCCAUUUGGCAAAUGGCUAAGGGUUUUUUGGAUUAUCAGUGCUGGUAUCCAACUGGCUUUACAUAUUCUUUUCCUACUUUCUUUUGUGAAGGAAUACAGAGCAGGUUACUUUGCCGCGCGCAGGUCUCCCUGUGUUUGCACCUUCUCUGGCUGAGAAGAAGCUGUGGUUCUGCGGGUCUAGAAUAAUAUUUCAGUUCUGCAGUGGGUCUUGGUCAGUGGGGCUUUCUACUAGGCUUGGGCUUGGUUUGUAAUAGAAUAUAUUGUUUAAUACCUAUCAUCUGCCAGUAUUUCUACCUUUUCACCCGCUAUAACUGAAAAAAUAGAUGUAGCUCACCUACAAUUAAUCUUCAAUAUCAAUGUGGGCGUCACCUAAACACCCAUAAUACAAAUAAUAAAAUAGAUAUUCUGUAGCUCUAUUAUAGUGAAGAUGAGAUUUUACAAAAACCAUUAAAAUUAGGAGACCAUAUACUUCCAACCAUUUGGUGAUAUUGGCUGCAGACUAGUUAGAUUGUGGCUUUUUCUCUUGUUUUCAUCACUUGUGUUUGUAACCAACCAGUUGCUGUUAUUAGGGAUGUUGUUUUUUUGUUUUUUUUUUAAAUGGAAGCGCUAUAUAGUUCUGCUGGACAGUGUUAAAUAAAGUAAUACAUAGAAUA